AUGGGGAAAUGGGCGUCGUACAACUUCAUGGUACAGAAACUUAAGCAACUGUGGCAAAGGAAAGGGGAGAUUGAAAUUUUCGAUCUAGAGAAUGACUUCUAUUUCGUGAGUUUCCAAAGCAAUGAAGAUUAUAUGGAGGCUCUUAUAGGUGGGCCGUGGGUAGUGUCAGACGCCUACUUGAAUGUAGCUAGAUGGAGGCUGGAGUUCAAUCUUAAAAAGGAAACGAUCGAGACUAUGGUUGCGUGGGUAAGGUUCCCUGACUUACUUGCACCACUAUUUGAUAAAAUUUUUUUGUUAAAUUUGGGAAAUGCUAUAGGCAAAGCAAUAAGGCUAGAUGUUCAUACUGCUCAGAGAUCGAGAGGAAAGUUUGCAAGAAUGUGUAUUGAACUGGAUCUAACAAAACCUCUAGUGCCUGAAUUUGAGGUGGAAGGGCAAAUCCUAAGUGUAGUGUAUGAGAGUAUGGAAAUGCUCUGUAAAAAAUGUGGAAUAUUUGGGCAUAGGGCGGAUCACUAUGGAGAGUUCCACAAGAGACAGGAGGAGGUUUUGCAAAGAAAUGAUAAGGGAGGGGAAGGCAAUAUUGAAAGGAGUGAUGAUGGUAGAGAGAAAGAGGAACUGUGGAAAACGGUUCAAAGAAAUAGAAGGCAAAGAAAGGUUGCUAAUCCAGAGCAGAAUAUUCAACGGGGUUCGAGGUUUGCUGUGCUUGAGUGA